UCACCGCCGACUUCAAAAAGUUAGUAAAAUCGUAAAAUCUCAAAUAAAGUUGAGUCGCUUUGGAAUUUUGAUCUUUUUAUGCUUUGUAUCUCAAAGGUAGAGAGACAAUAAAUGAUAACAAAAAAUGAGUCUACAGCUUGAUAAAUUAUUGAAUGAAAGGGACGCUAGAGCUAAGGAGCGAUUCAACGGCUUGUUCAAAUCGCUAUCAGAGAAAUAUUUAAGUGGCAUUAAUGUGACAGUUGAUUCCAAUUGGGCACCUCCUUGUCAGGAAAGCCCGAAAAGAGGAAUUCCGUUGGACUCUCUAGCCUCGAGCGAUUUUCCUUGGAAUGAGCAACAACCAAUUCAAAGAUCUACAACUGUUAAGAGAGGGUUAGAAUGCUUAGAAGAAGAAAACUUAUUUUCUGGCUUUUCCCUGCAAAGUCUGAAAUCUGCGGAAGUCGAUGACAACGUCAAGAACAUCUCUAAAAAAGAAAUUCCAAAAUUGAAACAAUGCUUUGUUCGUUUAAACAAGGAUGAAGUGAAAAACUUAUUGAAUGGAGUAGAAAAAUUAUGUGGCAAUGGAGACGUAGACAGCUGGAGAUUGAAAAACUUUCCUCGAGGCCCUCAAGAACCAGAGUCUGAAAGUUCAAAUGGGCCUGCAAGCAAAGUUUUGGUGAUUUCCAAAAAACCACCAGUUCUGCCUAAGUCAUCAAACAUUACCCAAAAAUCUCUGUUGACUGUACACGAAAACACAAGUUGCAAAAAAAAUGCAGUACACAUUGAAGACCAAAAGGAUUAUAAAAACUCAAGCAUCAACAGUAUCAGUGAGCCUUUUGAAGAAAAUAUCAUAGCCUCUGCUGCUGGUAAUUUCGAUCGCACAACUGAGAAAUCCACACCACUGAUUUCAACUGUGGAAGAAAAUCCAUCAAAUUUUGACCACACUAAAAAACCUGAUGAUUUUGAGACUGCAUUAAAAUGUGUCGGCAACAUUGAAGAAGACAAAGAAAAUAUUGUCAAAGUGGGCAACUACAUAGAAUUUAAUGAAAUAGUUGGUAGUGAAAUAGGUUAUGAUGUUGAGACUGAGACUGAUGCAGAAAGCUUAGAUGACUUGUUGACGGGAAAAGUGACAAAUAAUCUUGGCAUCGAGACUGCUGAAAAAUGGGUGCGUCUUUUGGACAAGUUGCUUCCUGUUGAAGAAGUGGCCAAUGAGCAUACUGAUGACUGUGCUGUAGAAACAUAUAAAAAUUCAUCACCAAAACUGCUGCUGGCAAACAAAGAUAAUACAGAAAACACGCAAGUUUCUUUAUUUUCAGCCAAUGAAUCUAUGCUGGUUAAUUUAGCAAAAGAUUCAUCCUCUUCAAAGCACAUUAACAAAUACGAUGGUUAUGAAACGGAUGUUGAAAGUGAUUCUGAAGAAAACUCCUUUGCUACAAAAUCUAUUGAUCACCAAAGUGACCAUCAGGCUGAUGAUGAAAGUAAAGAUAUUAGUUUACACGACUUGCUGGUGGGCAAAGUACAAACAGACAUAAUAAAAACGGCUGGAAAACAAUUAAGAACUUAUUUGAAAAAGUUACCUGCUAUUGACAAGAAAACGGCAAUUGUGAAUCGCAGAAAAUCUACUCCAGCAGAAUCUGAAUGUUCACUGCAGACUUUGCAACCUAAGUCCUCUCUACCGUCUGGAAUUGGUGCUUCGUCUGGUUUUUCUGAAGAAGAGAUAGUUUGUGGGAGAGAGUCAAAUAACUCUGCACAAAAAGGAAAAUUCAAGACUUUUAGAUCUUUUUCUUUAUCAAAAUCAUAUUUGAGCCAGUCAGCACCAAAAGAAUCAAACUUUUCACCAUCAGCCCGUGCCAAAGUCAAGAAACUCUCUUGGAGACCGAAGUGCUUUGCCUUGCCAACUGAUUCAUCGGACGAUGGAAAUAUUGAGCAAAUAAAAUCACAAAAUACUUCCCCCUCUAAGCUUCAAGUGCAUGAUGAUAAACCUGCAACGGAAUCAGACUCAACUCAACCAACUAAGAAGAAACCCAAAGAGUCUUUUUCAAGAAAUAGGAAACGAUCUUCUAUUGAUGUGAAGGCAAAUAAAUUUAUUCCUAAGCAGAAAAUUUGCUUCAAUUCAAGUGACAGUGACUGGAAUGAGGAAAUGAUGAGUCCAAAAAGUGAGAAAGACAGGCGCAAAAGUCAAACACCUUCUUCAAAGCUUGCUGAAAGUAGAAAAACAGUUAAGCUGGCUGAAAAUCACAAAAGUUUAAAAAUUGGAAAAUCCGAAAACUGCUUCAAGUGACUCUGAACCAAGAUGCAAGGAAUCAUCAAAUCUCUUGUUCUCGUUAGUCUCUUCAGAUGAGGAAAAGGUUGAAAGCCUAUUUGGAAAACGCUCUGCCUGUGAAUCAAAACGUGCUAAGAUGGCUACCAAGUCAAUCAGCUUGUCUAGUUCUGAUAACUUGGAUGCAAAAUCUAAGUUUAAAAGCGUCACCUCAAGGAAAUCACAGUGCACUAACGAGGAUGGAAAAGCAAAGAAAAAUGUCUUGAGUUGCAACAUGUUCUUUAAUUCAACAGACACCGAUGAAAAUUGACUGAAUCGAUUAAUCGACGUCGAUGAAUGGAACGGAGUGAGUUAAUGUAGCAUGUAGCCAUAUAUUUUGGCUCACUUGAUUUCAUAAUUUAUCUAAUUUAUAUUUAUUGUAAAUUUUGAUGCAUAAUUUAUUUCAAUCGUAAAGAGCCAUUAAACUAAUAAUUUAUAAAAAUAACACCACAAAAAAUUAUUGCAAACCCUUUGAGAUGAAAAAAUGAACGUGGUUAUCAUUCUUGCAGUUAAAAAUCAAGUCACUGGUCAUUAGCGUGGUGUCAUUUAAAAGAUCUAAGAUUUUUUUCUCACGUCACACACUUCUUGAUGCUACCUUGCUGGAAGGCAAAUUCACCAAAGGCACAGCAGGAUGCGGUGUAAUUUGGUAGCCUUCUAAUUUUUUCACAAACAUAAUCACCGUCAUCAUCAUUUUACACCCGCUCAAAAGAUUAAAAGCAUAUAAAUAAAUGAUGGUUGAUAUGGUGCGCGGUGGCAGACGCACAAUGGCGCCGUGGCAAGAAUUAAUGUUGUUUACUAUUCAUUUUGUCAUUAAUGCAGGGAAUAUGAUGAAUGGCACCAUUAAAGGCGGCGCGUCGUUUCUCCUGACACUGCACUCUUCAGGGAAAAUAAGCUCAAUUUAACUCUGUAUUUUUUUUUUGCCUCGUAGCUUUCUUUGCUGCUGGUAGCUUAGGCGCGCACCAAUCGAGAAAAGUAAAAAAAAAAAAAAACAUUA